AUGCGACGUAUACAAGUAGAAAAGCGACCUAAUGCGAUUCGACUCGUCCAGAGCCAAGGCCUUGUCUACUGUAAGACACCCGCGCCUGGAGAUACUUUAGACCCAUAUUGGCCAGACGACAGAUACUAUUCUUUCAAUAGCAAAGAGAUCGAGCUUCUUGAGAAAGCCGGACAAGAUGUCUUCGCCAUGUGUCGCGAAGCUGCCGACAUCAUCUUAGAAACCCCGGAAGUGAUCACAAGCAAAAUGGCGAUUCCGGCAUUCGCCCUCAAACAGAUCAAGGAAUCAUGGUAUCGAGACCCUGCCUGGGGAAGUAUAUACGGCCGUUUCGACAUCUGCUUCGGCGGGCUCGACCAUCCGGACCCGAGACUGCGGGUGCCCAAAUUUUACGAGUUCAACGCAGACACGCCGACGUCAGUUGUAGAAGCUGCGUCGAUACAAUGGUUCUGGCUCGAGCAAACAGGCCACGGAAACGAUCAACUCAACUCUCUCACCGAGAAGCUCAUCGACGCCUGGAAGAGGAACCUACUUCUGAUCGAGAAGACUUUGGGCCAUCGACCCACAGUCCACUUUGCCUUCGGACAUGACGAGGAGACAGGAGAAGAUGCAAUGAACACCACGCUGCUAAUGGACACUUGCCAGCAAGCAGGAUGGGCCACCAAGUCCAUGCACGUGGAGCAGAUCGCCAUGUCCCCCGACGGCCGGUUCUUCGACCAAGACGGCCAGCACAUCGACGUCAUCUUCAAGCUCUACCCGUGGGAGUUCAUGGUGGAGCAAGACUUCGGAGAAGCAUGCUUCAAGGACAUGGAGCGGGUCGGGCAGCGCAACGCGGCCGGCGAAUACGUCGGAGGCACGGUCUGGAUCGAGCCGCCGUACAAGAUGCUCUGGAGCAACAAGGCGCUCUUCGCCAUACUAUGGGACCUGUUCAAGGACGACCCGCGAUCCCAAUGGCUGCUGCCGACAUACUUCGAGGACGAAGCGCCGGCGUCGCUGACGCGGUUCGCGCGGAAGCCGAUCUUCGCGCGCGAGGGCGCCGACGUGCUGCUGCAGGCGGACGGCCGCGUGAUCCAAGACGCGGCGACGGGGUACUACGGCAAGGAAGGCUACGUCGUGCAGGAGCUCGCGCUGCUGCCCGAGUUCAAGGACAAGCAGGACACGGGGUACUACCCGGUCCUGGGCCUGUGGUUCGUCGACGGCGACGUGGCGGGGAUGGGGAUCCGCGAGGACAAGACGCCCAUCACGACGAACGGGUCGUGGUUCAUCCCGCACUCCAUCUCGGACGGGCCUGUCAGCUACGACAGGACCCCGAUACCCGACGCGGAUGAGAUCGAGGCGGCGCUGAGGCUGGAGAGCUAUGCGGAUCUGAAGCAGUCUAAUGGGGUGAUGGAGUAUAUAGAGAGUGUAGUGGGCUAG